UAUAUACAAACUCAUACUCACACAAACACCACAUACCUAUUACAAGAUCUAUGUUUCAUCUUCUUCAAUAGUUCUGUGCUUCCCACACACCAUACAUCCUACCCUUCAUCCACUGUACAAGGAAACUCUAUCUUGUUUUUUAUUUUUUUUGUUUUUGAUCUGAGAAAUCAAGGACUUUCAGUUGUGGCUACUACAAGGAGGUUACCUUCAGAUUCUGGUGCCUUUGCGGACUGGGCAGGGACUGGUUCUUCCACUGCUGCUGCUGCCGGUGGCCGCGCUGUCCCCGUGGACGACCUCUCCCUUGGUUUCAAUGCUGGUCCUGCCGCCCCAGCAGCAGCCACCGGACCCACCACUGGAAUGUGGUCCGGUGCCAAUAGGUCGAUCAAUUACCCCGAAAUGGGAAUGUUCGUGGUGGCGCCAGCCUCCUCUUUCCACCACCAUCACCACCACCAACAACAGCCCCCACACGACCCCGUCAUGGCAGAUUCCCUCAACCCGGCUACUGCACUCGGCGUCGGCGUCAUCCCUCUUCUUGCCGCCACGCCGUGUCUGGAAUCCGACAACUUCCUCGGAAACAGGCCACGUGGUGGGGGAAUUCAGUUUUGGCAAGACCAAGGGCCCCAUCAGAGCCACUACAUGAAGAAACAGCAACAGCAGGGGCUUCUCGACCAAAGUAACACUAGUUCUGGAAACUUGGUUCAAACCAGUGGCGGCUUAACUGCUUCGGGUACCAGUAGUGGGGGAACUACGUGCCAAGAUUGCGGAAACCAGGCCAAGAAAGAUUGUACCAAUAGAAGGUGUAGGACUUGCUGCAAAAGUCGAGGUUUCGAUUGCCCUACCCAUGUUAAGAGCACAUGGGUUCCCGCCGCACGCCGGAGAGAGCGCCAGCUCAUGACUGCGGCCACUGCGGCGGUCGCUGGUUCCAGUGGUUCCACCUCCGGGACUAAAAAACCUAGGCUUAUUGCUUCACAAACCACUACAACAUCUCACACUUCCACUUCUAACACCACCCCUCCCAGAAGCUUUGACACAAGCUCUAGCCAUCAAGAUGCGGGCUUCAAGGAGUCAUUACCUGGGCAAGUACGUGCACCGGCGGUUUUCAAGUGUGUUAGAGUGACGGCGGUGGAGGAUGGGCAAGAUGAGUACGCGUACCAGGCUGUGGUGAAGAUUGGUGGGCACGUGUUCAAAGGGUUUCUGUAUGAUCAAGGGGUGGAGAAUAGGGAUGUGUAUCCAAACCUAUCUGAGUUGCAUUUGGGUGGUGGAAACGGCGGAAGUGGAAGCGGAGGGAGUGGUGGGGUGGGUAGAAAUGGGGUGUCUUCUUCUUCUCCGAUGAUGGAUCCUUCUGAUGUUUAUGCAGGUUCGGGUGGAGGGUUACUUGGGGGUUCUUCUGCUUAUGGUAAUCCAAUGAAUUGAACUUAAAGGGUCUUUCCAAGUGCAAGAUAUUAGUACAUGGGCUUGGAGUGGCUGACGUAGGUUCUGGUUCAAAAUCUUUAAUUUUCUUCUAGGAUUUUGUAUCUCUAUUGCGUAUGUUACUCUUUUCUUUCUGCUAUUUUUCAACUUGUUUUUAAUUC